CUGCUCGCUUCUUCCUAUCAACACCAAAAGAUCGUCCAUGAGGAUGUGGCCCUCGUCGUGGCUGUGGUCGCCCUCGAGAACAAAAACCUCCUCUAGCGGGUGAUCGGCCAGGAUCACCACGCGCACCUGAAACGGCACGCAGGGAUGCGAUUGGACGUGGCCACCACGACCACGCCGUGGAGAAACAAGUUCUCAAACAGCUGCUUGAGAAUCAUGGCGUCGGCGAUAUCCGUCACCUGGGAAGACGAGGUCGCAACACGGGUCCCGUCCCGGAUCAGCCCGCCGUAGUGCUCCAGGGGCCCGCUGAAGCCGCCGCCCGUCUCAGCCUCACGCUGGGCUUCCGCCGCGUAGCCUUCUCGGUGACAAGCGGGAACACGGUGAGAUCAGAUAUUUUGUUUACACCUGAGGGUUGUCAUAAGUUUGUAUUUUUCCACUACAGUUUGACUCUUUGAAUUCAUUUAGUUCUCACUAAAUUAUAGACCAUGUUUGUAAUUGUUGUCAUUCCAACACUAAUUUCACGCGUGUUUAACAAUUAACAAUGAUAUUACUAUUUUAAUAACUUGCAGACUUUAUUCAUUCUCGACUCUUGACCUUUUUAUUAUGCUAAAAAUGGCACUUUUUAUUUCGCCAUGUGUUCAUUUACGCAUAAUAUACGAAUAAAUACGCAUACGCUGAGUAGGACUCGUCACUUCGCACCACGCACGACUCCAAACAUACUGGGGACAAACUAAUUCGGAACAUUGUGGCUGUGUUGUGGAAGUGACAGCUGACCAGACGCGAAAAGUAAACAGCGGCAGCAGCGUUACAUCCGCUUUUAUACCGUAAAGACGAACCAGGCGUGUCGGGACCCCUCCUGCUUGUCUGCGUCGGGCGCUCCAAAUGAGUGCACCCGCAGCGACGGUGCAACAGCGAGCAGACGACUACGACAGCGGUGAAAUGCAAUCGGCCGCGGUGGCGCCAUCCUCUUUCAUGCCGGUCCAAUCGGGGAAGAUCCCGGGCAGGAAGCGAGGCAGGCCCCCGCUGCGCAGUGUGGCCAAGAUAGAUUUCGCUAGCCGCUACGUCGACUCGCUGCCGCCGCUUAAAGUGCCCAAGAAGAGAGGGAGGAAGCCGGGAUUCAAGCUGAAACCCAGGAUGGUGAUGACGCCGUUGGCCAUCUCACCACCCAGCAGCACCCCCGAGCCUGACAUGAGCUCCAUCCCUCAGGACGCCGCCACAAUCCCCCACUCGGCCACGCCUCAGGUGCUCACAGUGUGCAUCUACAUCAACAAGCAAGCCAACACAGGUCCAAACCUAGACCGGAAGAAGAUCCAACAACUGCCCGACCACUUCGGACCCGAUAGGCCUUCGGUGGUGCUGCAGCAAGCCGUGCAGGGAUGCAUCGACAGUGCCUUCCAGCAGAAGACUGUCUUCACGCUGCUCACGCAGGGAUACGGGGGAGAGAAGAUAUCAGCCACCUUUGACGGCAAGCAGCACCUCCUGAGCCUCCCUGUGGUGAACAGUAUCGACUACGUGCUGCGCUUCCUGAAGAAGCUUUGUCGCAGCCUGCACUGCGAGAACCUGUUCAGCGACCAGCCCAUCAGUCAGCGUCCCUCCUACCACUCCGACGCGGAAACGUCUCUGGCCGAUGAUUACCGCCACGAGCAGAGCGAAGGGAAGCGCUACCCGGCGGCAGAGCACAGGGAAUCCGCGUUCGGCUCUAUCAGCUCCUCAUCGUACGCGUCUUCGCCAAAGUCCUCUUACGGCUUCCGCUCCUCGCAGCAGUUCGGCAACGCGUCGGCCGUCUCCAGGCAGUCGUCGGGCAGCCCCGGCGCCUUUGUGGAAAGCAACAGGGCAGGAGCGUAUGUCGCACAGGAGUCGAAGGGCCCGUCCCCCGGCAAGGAUCCGUCCACGUGGAGCGUGGACGACGUGGUGUGGUUCGUCCGGGACGCCGACGCCAACGCCCUCGGACCUCACGCCGACGUCUUCAGGAAACACGAGAUCGACGGCAACGCCCUGUUGCUGCUGAAGAGCGACAUGAUCAUGAAGUACCUCGGCCUGAAGUUAGGGCCCGCCCUCAAGUUGUGCUACCACAUCGACAAGCUCAAGCAGAGCAAGUUGUAGGCUCGGAGCUCACAGCAGAAACUGGCACAAUAGGCAAACCGUGUUGCUGAAACAACCAAUGACAAAAGCUCACUGGAAGAGACCACUAUUUUUUUUUUUAUCUUGGCAUUUUUUGCUGCUCUUUAUAAAUGUGGAACGGAGGCGUAAAACUAGGGCUGAAUGACUUGGGAAAAUAAUCAAAAUUGGGAUUUUUUGCCCUUAAUAUUGAGAUUGCGAUUUAAUAUGCGAUUCUUUUUUCAAGGUGUUUUUUUUUUUUUACAGAAAGACAAAAAAUGCAAUAUAUUAAUCACAUUUGAUUUAUGAUAUAUAUAUGCGUUGUUCUUAUAGGUUAGGCUAACAAAGGCAAAUGAAGUAUGAAUUCAUAUUAAAGGCAGUUUAUUGAGCGGCAUACAUUUUGAGUGCAGUCUUGUAAAUAUUCACUCCGAUGAAUUUACAAAAUUCUACCAAACGUGAGCUGCUUUCGGCUCAUUAUAUUUUAAAAAUCCAAUGUGUCGCCUAUCUUUGCUCGAUAAGAUGUUUCCUGUAUUCUAAAUACCUGCACUGAAAAAAACGGAAGCAUUUACUUUAUCUUAAUUUAAAGAUAUUUUAAUGCUUUUUCCUUAUCUUGACUUAAUUAGCCUGUUUUACUCUAGCUUGAUGUAAAAUUACUAUAAAAGGGGAAGCAACUAAUCCGAGUAUGCGGACAUUUUCAUUAGGGGUGUAAUGAAAACCAAUAUGAACGAGAAACUCUGUUUUGUAAAAAUGUAGCAUUCUUGAAUUGUAUCACGCAACAUAUUGAGAUACUUAUCGAAUUGUCUUUUUCGGGAGAGACGCACACCUCUAAUAUACAUGUAUGAAGAAUGUGUUGCAAUGUGCACACAAUGUCACAAAUCUCACCAUUUUCAAAAUCUUUUAUCAGUGUUGACAAUACAAGGAGGUUAUAUGUGUUAUGUGAUGGUGAGACGUCAAGGAAACAUCAAUAUGUGUCAUAAUCCUGUAUGUGAGUAUUAAAUCAAAACAUGUCAAAUA